GCACGGCGAACGUAGCUGGCAGCUGCCUGUGUCGGUGUGAUGUGAAGGAGCAGGGAGGGGCGGGGGCGAGCGAGCUGGAGGAGCCUCGUUCAGCCAUGUUAGUUUUCUCUGCCGUUCACAAACGAUGAGACAGAGGAGCCAUGGCCUUGUCAUUGAGCGGAGACGAUGAGGAAUAUGAUUCAGAGUCUGAGCAGCAGCGGGCAGCCAACCGGCCGAAGCCCAAGAUGGGGACGUCGUCAGCCGUUAAGCUGCCGUCCAAUCGCAGCUCGUCUGGUGCCAGACGCAGGAGGACGCGCUGCCGAAAGUGCGAAGCAUGUCAGCGGACCGAGUGCGGCGAGUGUCACUUCUGCAAGGACAUGAAGAAGUUCGGAGGGCCGGGGCGCAUGAAGCAGUCCUGCAUCAUGAGACAAUGCAUUGCGCCUGUCCUGCCUCACACAGCGGUGUGUGUGGUGUGUAAAGAGGCAGGGAAGGAGGACACGCUGGAGGAAGAAGAGGACAAGUUCAACUUUAUGUUGAUGGAGUGCUCUAUCUGCAAUGAGAUCGUCCAUCCCAACUGCCUCAAGGUGAGCGAUGCGUCUGGAGUGGUGAACGAUGAACUCCCCAACUGCUGGGAAUGUCCCAAAUGCAACCAUGCUGGGAAAAGUGGAAAAGCAUUGAAGCAAAAAAGGGGUCCAGGCUUCAAGUAUGCCUCCAACCUGCCCGGAUCUCUGCUGAGGGAACAGAAACCUGUGAAGGAGGAGGGAGAUGCAUCUUCUGCAGUCAGGAGGAGAGCGGAGCGAGAAGAGACGCCCAGGUACCGACCCGAGGAAUCUCUCCAUCGACAGCCACCACUCCUCUCCCCCAGCAGCCUGCCCAGGCCCAGGCCUGAGGACAAACUGAGGAAGAAAAGGAAACUGUUUGAUGACGAGGAUGAAGAAGAAGAUCUCGGCCUGAGGAAGAAGGAGAGGUCAAACGAUCCUUAUUUUUCAAAACUUCUUCAUCAAAUCAAAACAGAAGAGGAGGACGAAGACGCAUAUGAGGAGGAGGAAGAAGGAAGGGACGCUCACUUCCGGAGCGUUGUAGAGAGGAAAGGGCGUUUAGGAGACGCUGAAGAAGAAGGGGAAGAAAGGGACUCCAAGAACGAACUUUUGAAUUCCCGCAUCAAAACACCUGUUGGAGACAGUGACCAGUCCCACUGCAGCUCUCCACAGGCCGGCCCCAGCAGUGAGGGCGGAAGCGAGACCCAGGAAAAGGGUCCGCGUCCAAAAGCUCGCCGCAAGCGGCGUUUGCCCAACAGGGAGCUGAGUCGAGAACUGAGCAAAGCACUGAACCAGGAAAUCCAGAAGACGGAGGACUGCCUGGCCAACGAGAACCGUCAACCUCUCAAGGUGGAGCCAGAGACGGAAAACGAGGAACCCAAGAGGUUGUUCCGCAACUGCAAUGAACUAGGGGAUCAGAGGUCACACCUCAAGGCCAAAGAGAUGAACGGGACCCCGUGGGAGCUGCGGCACUUCUAUCCGAGCCAGAUCACCCCACUGGGUUUCAACAGGAGCACCCCAACCAACAGGCCGGUGCCCCCACGUUCCCCGCCCAAGUGUGUGCAAAUGGAGCGGCACGUCAUUCGGCCCCCUCCGAUAAGCCCCCCUCCCGACAGACUGCCUCUCAGAGACAGUAAAAUGCACGUGAUACAGCGUGAGGUCUGGAUGAAGAUCUUUGGCUACCUCACACACCAGGAGCUGUGUGUCUGCAUGAGAGUUUGCAAGACAUGGAACAGAUGGUGUUGUGAUAAGAGACUCUGGACAAAGAUCGAUCUGAACCGCUGCACCUCCAUCACUCCACUCAUGCUAAGUGGGAUUAUCCGCCGACAGCCAGGUUCCCUUGACCUCAGCUGGACCAACAUUUCCAAGAAACAAUUAAGUUGGCUUAUCAAUAGACUGCCAGGUCUGCGAGUGUUAAAGUUAUCAGGUUGUUCUUGGGCUGCUGUGUCUGCGCUCUGCACGUCCAGUUGCCCUCUGCUGCGCACCCUGGAUGUCCAGUGGGUGGAGGGACUGAAAGAUGCACAGAUGAGGGAUCUCCUCUCACCGCCCACAGACAACAGACCAGGUCAACUGGAUAACCGCUGCAAGUUGCGGAAUGUGGAGGACCUGCGGCUGGCGGGGCUGGACAUCACGGACACAUCUUUACGUCUCAUCUGUCGGCAGAUGCCUUUGCUGUCCAGGCUGGACCUGAGCUACUGCAACCACAUCAACGACCAGUCGGUCAACCUACUGACGGCAGCAGGGACCACGACCAGAGACUCUCUAACAGAAAUCAACCUGUCCGUAUGUAACCGGGUCACAGACCAUUCCCUGAACUUUUUCAAGCGCUGUGGAAGCAUCUGUCAGAUAGACCUUCGCUUCUGCAAGCAGGUGACCAAGGCGGCCUGCGAAAGGUUCAUCGCAGAGAUGUCUGUGAGUGUACCGUUCAGACUGAAAGAGGAGAAACUCCUGCAGAAGACCAGCUAGUCCCCAACAGGACAAAACUGAAUGAAAGACUGUCUUUGCACUUAAUGGAAUAAAUUUAUUUUAACCGGUCCCUACAAAAUGUCUCGAGUUGUAGUCACAGUAAAAAGAAAAAACUGAGACGGAUUUCUGGAUGGACUAAUGUGACAAGGUUAUAUACCUUCACCGGAUGGACAAGAGGAAGUGGCAUGCAUGUAUUUGUGUUGAGAUUGUACUUUUAUAAAGACGUGCUUGUAAUUGAUGGUUGGGUCGUUUAUUUUUAAUCUUUAAAUAUUUGAAAACCCAGUAUUUUUAUACGAGCAUCAUUUCAUGAGUUUACAGUGUUUCGGGGGCUCAGAGAGACUGUAUGGCAUGUGAACUGAAAUUUGUCCCCUUCCACAGUUUGCUAUCCCAACAGUGUCUCCAUUGUGCCAAAUGUAUUUGACAGUGUAAUAUAUCAGUAUCAGAGAGAAAAAAACAUGUACAGUAAUAAAUAUCUGACUAAAUUAUCAUAAAGACCUCCCAAAUAUUUAGAAUGUAUAUCAAGAAUGAGAAAACAAUUUUCCAUAUUCCUGUUACACCCUCGUCUUUAAUUAUCUUAGUACUUCUAUGAACUGUUGAGUGUUUGAUGGGGUUGUUAAUCAACAUUUCAACAUUAAUUUAUUGCUUUUGUUUUUAUUACGGUUUGUAUUUAUUCAGUAAUUCAGUAAUUUUGACAUGGAUGCCUCACAGAGCUGGGUCAAAUAAUGCUUGCAGAUAAUUUAUGUAGGUGGUUUUGAGUCUGUUGCAGCACCUCAUUGGUGGGUUUAACACCCAAAAGCCAGGAGCAGGAAUUGGACAGUCAGCGCAAAUGUGACUUACCCAACACUGACUUUCUAUAAUGCAGUCAACCCCACAUAACUGGUUCUCUAUACAAGUUUAUAUACGCAACUAAUUAAGACCUUUGCAAAUCACUUCAUUUGCAUACAUUUUAAAGUAAAAAACCUCCAUACAGUAGGUGUUGUGUAUUUUGGGUGUCGUGCUGUAAUCUUUACACCUCAAGUGAAUGUGAUGUUUAUAUUUGUAAAUCCAAAAACUUAAGUGCAAAAAAAAAAAUGCAUUAAAAGAAUUUCAUUUGUGCCAUCA